AAGAGCUCAAAACAUUUCUACUUCAGCAUGGGUUUGUGAACUCACGGUCUGAUUUUUCCCUGUUUAUUUUUCAUUAUCAGUCAGAAUGGGUUUAUUUCUUAAUUUAUGUUGAUGAUAUUAUUGUUACGGGCAAUACCGAGAAGCUAGUUGAAUCAAUUAUCUCCUUAAUGGGUGCCACCUUCUCUAUCAAAGAUUUAGGUUGCCUCAACUAUUUUCUUGGUGUGAAUGCUAUCUUUACCACUGCUGGUCUCUUUCUGUCACAAGCUCAAUACAUCCGUGAGCUAUUGGCCAAGUUUGACAUGAGUGAUGCUAAGCCUGUGCAGUCCCCAUUGUCCACUGUCCCAUUACAAUUACAUCAAGGAAAUCAACUCUUUGAUGCUCAACCGUAUCAUCAACUUGUUGGUUCUUUGCAAUACCUUGCUCUUACUCGGCCGGAUAUCUCUUUUGCUAUCAACAAAUUAUCUCAGUUUCUUCAUGCUCCAUCUGAUGUUCAUUGGCAAGCUGCGAAGCGGAUUUUGCGGUAUCUUAAAGGUUCUUUAUUUCAUGGUCUUCUUCUUCGUCAGCAGCCGAUCUCUCCUUUGCAUGCCUUUUCCGAUUCAGAUUGGGCUGGGGACAAGGACACUUAUCAUUCUACAACUAGCUAUGUGGUGUUUCUCGGCAGCAAUCCCAUUUCUUGGCGAGCCUGCAAGCAGAAAACUAUUGCUCACAGUUCCACCGAGGCAGAGUACCGUGCACUCGCUGCUGCUUCUUCUGAAUUGGUUUGGAUUAAGCAUCUACUUCAUGAACUUGGCCAUCUUGUAUCUGAAUGUCCUGCCAUUUACUGUGACAAUGUUGGAGCUACCCAUCUGAGUAGCAAUCUAGUAAUGCAUACCAGGAUGAAGCAUAUAGUAAUUGAUCUCCAUUUUGUUCGGGAACUCGUUGAUCACAAGGUCCUUCAAGUGAGCCAUAUCUCCUCUGUUGAUCAAUUAGCCGAUGGCCUCACCAAACCACUUUCAUCGCGUCGUUUUGCUCAACUCUGAACCAAGAUUGGAGUCACCGAUGGGAGCUCCAUCUUGAGGGGGCGUAUCAAGGAAAUCAAUGCUGAUUGAGCGAGAUUGUUGCCAUUGAGCGAGAUCUGCUGAUUGAGCGAGAUUGUUGCUAUUCAAUAUCCCUUAUUUGAUUUGUAUAUAUUGUAAUAAUGACUAGGAUAUUUA